ACGUUCACAUCGUUGUGUCUUAUUUACGCUGAGCAUCUACAACUGUUACCAUAGCGACCGGAGCAGGAGCGCUGCAGCAUGGGACUCAGCUGCUUCAAGUCCUGGAAACAUGACAGUACAGGCCACAAAGGUAACAGAGACGUGUUGGCCAGCCCAGGCUCGUAUUUCUUCCUCUCCAACAGUGCCGGUCAAGGUGACGAGUGGCUGAAGAGCCUCAACAAGGGGGUCUGGAUCCCUUUCACAGGGGUCUUUGGUCAGCGUCUGGAGGAGACGGUGUUAUAUGAGCGACGUUAUGGGGUACGUUUAGUUCCUUUAGUGGUGGAGCAGUGUGUGAACUUCAUCAGGGAGCGUGGUUUGCAUGAAGUGGGCUUGUUUCGCCAGCCGGGACAGUCCAGUCUGGUCAAAGAGCUGCAGGAGGCUUUUGAUGCAGGGGAGAGACCUUCCUUCGACAGUAGCACAGACGUCCACACGGUGGCGUCACUGCUGAAGCUCUACCUCAGACAGCUGCCGGAGCCUCUGGUUCCUUACAGACGAUACCAGGACUUCUUGCUCUGUGGUCAGAAGCUGUCGAGUGACCGCACACUGGUUUUGGGGGAGUUGAGGAAUCUUCUUCAUGAGUUGCCAGUUGCAAACUUCAACCUACUCAACUUUAUCUGCCAGUUUCUAAAUGAGGUCCAGAGUUUCUCCAGCAGCAACAAGAUGACUGGCCAGAACUUGGCCACUGUGUUUGGGCCAAACAUCCUUCGAGCCAAAGCUGAAGACCCACAAAGCAUCAUGGGAGGUGCAGUACUGGUCCAGGUGCUGAUGUUGGAGCUGAUCAGAGAGCAUGAGUCUCUGUUUGCCAAAGUCCCCCCACUCAUCUCCGCCCGUCCACCUGGAGGUUCACAUGCAUCACCAAGUGCUCUGAGGCAGCCUCAUCUCCACCCGUCGCCCUGCCUCCGCCAGCUGUCUAUGCCUCUCAUCGUUGAGCGUUCCAGAGAGUCAGGACAGCCUGGUGCAGACGAACAGAACUCCAGUUGCAUCUACUCUGCUGCUGCCAAAUCAGACGUAUCCUUUGGCCGGAAGAGACUUCUCGGCCAUCGCUACACCUCCUCACACCCAGAGAACUGCUUCUACCCCUUGCCCUCCUCCAGUCAGCCCCUUCAGCACCACUCUGACAGACACAACAAGGAUUAUCACCAGUACCACAUGGGCCAAGGACCAUCCCCUGCAAAUGUUCAAGCCUCUACAAACAGCCUCCAGCUACAAGACCAACUGCCAGACAGCUCCAAACCCAGACCGAUGCUCAUGAGCUGGGCAAAGGCCUGGCCUGGCACGACAGGGGCAAGUGCUGGCUUCUGGAGCUCUGGUGCUGCAGAGGAAGAUGGUGCAGUGCCAAGAACAGCCAGCGAGGGCAGCAGUGAGGCUCAGGAGGACAGCAACCUUUCUGCCUAUGACAACUUGGACAGAGGGUCUUUACGUCAGAGGAUGGAGGACGUCACUGGUGGACAUUUUGAAACCAACGAUUCAGGAGGCCAUAUUGGAACUUGUGAAGAGCAGGUAGAGGUAGAGGAGGCAGGGCAGACAAGGGACUCAUCCUCUUCAUGGUCUUCCUGUGAGGUUCUACCAUUGGACGAGUGCAGUGAUGCAUUGGGAGCGGUUAGUCCGGACGUGUCACCAAAGAGACUUAAAAGAUUACCUUCAAGUCAGGUAGCAGAAGAGGAAAACAGUGAUAAUGACGAUCAUGAAGACAAACAUGACAAUGAUGAAGACGUUGAUGAUGAUUAUAAUAAUGAGGAUGAUGAUGAUGAUGGUGACGACGUCCACCACCCUAACUCCCCAGCCUCCUGUUCUGUACUCAGUGACAGCCCUCUAAGUACGGGCAGCUCAGAGGUGUUCCUCCCCUCUGGUCCUCCAGACUUCCAGGGGCCUGAGCCUGACUCACAGCCCAGGGACAUUCACUCACUCCUGGCUGAGCUGCGGCAGCAGAUGGCACAGCAGAAGGUUGAGUACCAGGCCAGGAUACAAAGGUUGGAGCGCUGUAAUGACGUCCUGGAGCGGCAGGUUGCGGUACUGCGGCUCAGUCUGGAGCAGCAGAAGCGUAGCCGAAGCGUAGCCGAGAUCAAAAUCCGCAACAUGGAGCGAGCCAAAGCAGACGCCGACCUCCGAAACAACACGCUGCAGAGAGAGAUGGAGCUGUUCUUCCAAAUGCAUGGAGAUAUCAAAAGAAGAGGAGGGGAUGAAGGAGGAAGAGGAGGAGCGAGUCUUUGAAGAUGGAUAAAAAGAUAGAUGAAUUCUUUCAUCUAUCUAUCUAAGUGUUUGGAUAGGUCGGGGGAUAAGACAGGGAGAGAGGGGUUGUUGUUGCACAGAGCUUAAUUUGAAGGAUGGAUGGAUGAACAGUGGGAAAGAGUGAAAGAUCUCGACAGGAGAUCCAACUCCUCUAAGUUCAUCAUAUGGCAGCAACCCCUGAAUUAAACAAUGAGGGCAAGGAAUUAAAUGUUAUUGUCCAAUCCAGAAGGCACUCUAAAUAAAUAAAUGUUUGUGUAAUUUCAAGUUAGCCUCAGACUGAGUAGGUGAAGUUCACGGUUUCCAGAAGAAUGCAAAAAAGUUUAACUUUAAAGAGUAGUUAUGGACGUUGGCAAGCUUCUUCACCUGUGAAUGUCUGGACUUCCCCAUCUAGGAGCUGUUGGACUGGUUUACUGGAGCAACUGAUGGACACUCUAAGGGUCUUCUUUUAUGCAAAUACGUCUUUCCAGAAAGCCUGAGUUGA